AUGACUUCUCCAAUAAUUCAAAAAGAUAUUGUGACUGCAUGCAAGAUAGAAACAGUUAAAGCUAUUCUCGAGGAACUAAAUGGUGACUACUUUGCCUUACUAGUUGAUGAAUCUUUUGAUAUUUCACGCAAUGAGCAAAUGGCUAUUGUAUUACGAUAUGUUGAUAGAAUGGGAUUUGUGAUGGUGCGACUUAUUGACAUUAUUCAUAUUCAAGAUACUAGUGCAUUAUCCUUGAAAGAGACAAUUAUUAAUUUACUUGCUCAACAUUCUUUGAGUCCAUCACGUAUGCAUGGACAAUGUUACGAUGGGGCAAACAAUAUGCAAGAUUCUCAAAAAGCAGCAAUUCAAGAUGCAUUAGAUAUGGGUGAAUUGACAGCCGGUAGGGGCUUGAAUCAACAACUUGGUCUUUCAAGAGCUUGUGAUACUCGUUGGGGAUCUCAUUAUAAAUCCUUUAACAAUUUUAUUCUUAUGUUUGGCUCUAUUGUUGAAGUUCUUGAAUCACUUGCUCUUAAUGCACGAAGUAUGGUUGAAAGAGCCAAGGCAAUGGGACAUCUUGAAUCUUAUCAAACAUUUGAGGUUGCGUUCAUGUUGCAUUUGAUGAGAGAUGUAUCUAUAUUUUGUACUAAACAUGAAAUUUUGAUACCUAACUUUGAGGAGCCAUAUGUUAGCUCUUUAAGAUCACGACGAAGACUUGCUCACUAUACAGUCUUACAUCAUUACCGUGUUGAAGUGUUUUGCAAUAUUAUUGAUUGGCAACUUCAAGAGCUUAAUAAUCGUUUUAAUGAGGUAUCUACUGCUUUGCUCCAUGGAAUUGCUUGUUUGAAUCCAAUUAACUCGUUUUCAAGUUUUGACAGCAAAAAAAUAAUGAGGAUGACUGAAUUAUAUCCAGAUGAUUUUGAUGAAUUUAAUAUGGAUACCCUUGAGAAUCAACUUGCAAGUUAUAUUGUUGAUGUUCGUGAUGUUGAUGAAAGGUUCUCUGAUCUAAAUGGACUUUGUGAUCUUUCCAAAAGAUUAGUCCAAACAAAAAAACAUUCAAAUUAUCCUUUGGUGUUCCGCUUAGUGAAACUUGCUCUACUUCUACCAGUUGCCACUGCAUCCUUUGAAAGAGCUUUCUCGGCAAUGAAGUUUAUCAAGAAUGACUUGCGAAGUCAAAUGAGUGAUGAUUUUUUUAGUGGUUGUUUGGUGCCUUUUGUAGAAAAAGAUGUAUUUGAUAGUAUUCCUAAUGAUGCUAUUAUUAAGACAUUUCAAGAUAUGAAACCUCGUAGAGUACAAUUGUAA